CUGCUGUCUUUAGUGCAGAGAGCGAGAGAGGAAGAGGGAGGGCUGUGUGGCGUGAGGCAUUGCGUGUGCUCAGUGUUUAGGUGAAUCCACAGCCCUCUGGCUCACAAGGAUAAAGGAGUCUCUCCAAGAAAGACAGAGAAAAGCAACACAAGGACUUUUUUCCCUCUUUUUUUGCAUCCUCUUUCUUCUUUAUUCUCGUUUCAUUCUCUCUCUAGCCACCAACGGCUAGUGUCACUUUGUGUCCUUCUCUUUUGUUCCCUGCAUCCAUCUGUGUUUCACCCCCGGUCCAGAGAGACGGAAGGAAGAGCAGUGUCAGAGGCAUCAUCCUCCCGUCCUGCACGCCCAGCCGGUGGUGGGUGCUGAUGCUGUAACCACUGUGUGGAGCUGACAAGCCCUGGUUGAUGCAGUGAAGUGUUCCAGAGGGAUAAGCACAAGCGAAGGUCGCCAGCCAUGGGGAACCUCAUUAAGGUCCUUGGCAAGGAUUUAGAGAACUGUCCACAUUUUUUCCUGGACUUUGAAAGGGGCUCAUGGGAAACCUCCUGAAAGUGCUGGCUUGCGCCGAACUUGAGCAUGGCCCAAUAGUUUUCCUUGACUUUGAACAUGCCCAGCCCACGGAGGCAGAGACAGCAGUGUGGAACCAGGUCAGCGCUGUGCUGGAGGAGGCUCAUGGGAUCCUAGCCGAGCUGCAGUCCUAUAACGGCGCGGGCCAGGAGAUACGAGAAGCCAUCCAGAACCCAGGCGACCUCGCUCUGCAGGAGAAGGCCUGGAAUGCAGUCUGCCCCCUGGUAGCCAAACUGAAGCGCUUCUACGAGUUUUCCCUCCGACUGGAGAAUGCCUUGCGCAGCCUGCUGGAGGCGCUGACGAGCCCACCCUACGCUCCCAUGCAGCACCUGGAGAGAGAGCAGGCCCUGGCCAAACAGUUCGCUGAGAUCCUUCAUUUUACACUCAGCUUUGAUGAACUAAAGAUGACAAAUCCAGCCAUACAGAAUGACUUCAGCUACUACAGGAGGACUAUAAGUAGGAACAGGCUGAACAACCAGCAGCUGGAAGCGGAGAACGAGGUCAACAACGAGAUGGCCAAUCGGAUGUCCCUGUUCUACGCUGAAGCAACACCAAUGCUGAAGACUCUGAGUAACGCCACCACCAAGUUUGUUUCAGAGAAUAAGACCUUGCCCAUAGAGGACACCACAGACUGUCUGAGCACCAUGGCCUGUGUGUGCCGUGUGAUGCUGGAGACACCGGAGUACCGCUGUCGGUUCACCAACACAGACACCAUGCUGUUCUGCAUGAGGGUGAUGGUGGGAGUCAUCAUUCUCUAUGACCACGUUCACCCUGUCGGGGCUUUUGCCAAGACCUCCAAAAUCGACAUGAAGGGCUGCAUCAAGGUGCUGAAAGAGCAACCGUCCAACAGUGUGGAGGGACUUCUGAACGCACUGAGGUAUACGACACGGCAUCUAAACGAUGACAGCACCUCCAAACAAAUCAGGGCCCUCCUGCAAUGAGAAGGUGGAGAGAGGGAGGAAAGGAGUGCACUUGAAGGAGGAGAAAAAAGAAGACGAGGAAGAAACAAACGCCAGUGGCUGAUAAAAACCUGUUUGUUUACAACGAACAAAGAAAAGCUCCAGGUUUUAAGGGAAACCUGAUGAUAAUAAGAAGAGGAAAAUAAUUAUAUAUAUUGUCAGCUGUUCAUCAUUCUGUCUCUCAUUUUGUAAAGUAAAAAAAGAGAAAGAAAAAAAAAAGAAGCCAGAAAAGAAAAUAUAGAUAUAUAUUAAAACAAAAGUGAAACACAAGCAGCAGAUGAAAAAUAAGUAGGAUUAAAGAGGAAGCUAUAUUGCAAAAUUAUCGAAGCAAACUGAAAGUGUACAAAAAAAAAGGGUUCAUGU